AUGUUGUACUUCUAUGUCAGCAUUGGCCUUUCCAUCGUUUACAUGGUCUCAGUCCUCUUUGACUUCUCCAUGUCGUCCUCAAAAUAUAAUGCGGGCAUUAUAAACUUUGUCGUCUUCGAGAGCGCGGCUGUUGGAGAUGUCGUGGGGACAUUUGACAACUUUAAUGGAUCCGAUUACUCUAAAAGACAGGAUGGUAGACCCUUGUUCAUGUUGCAAGACACAACGUAUUUUGCUCUUAGAGGGCCAGGUCAAAAGAUUGUAGUAGUUAAUCGCCUGCUUGAUCGCGACAAUGACCGAAAGUUGUGUCGCGAAGCCAGUUGGCCAGAGACGUGUGCAUGGUCAGGCGUUCUCUUCGCCCACGAUGGUGUUGUCUUUAGUCUGCGCAUAACUGUCAUCGAUGUCAAUGAUAACAUCCCUCGGUGGCCUGAUUCCGCCCUGAGCAAGCCACGCAAUUCAGAAGAGAAAGAACCGUCGAUUGAACUAUUCAUAGCAGAAAACACACCGACUGGCAGCAUGUUUGAUCUGCCUUUAGCUGAAGAUCGAGACUACGGGAAUAAUGGUAUAGUUAAUUACGAGCUUGUGGAGAUGGAUAAGAAUGGUCGUUUUUCCCUUCGUUGUACAAAUGGACCGAAUGGAGUUAUCCCACGUCUGCAGGUUUUGGAAAUGUUGGACAGAGAAGAGAGAGAAGAGUACGAGAUGCAAAUAGCGGCAGCUGACGGAGGCGGACAACGUGUUGUUGUCGGACUUCGAGUAUACCUUGUUGAUGAAAAUGACAAUCCACCUAUUUUUGUCCAUCUCAAGAAUGCCUCCCAGGAGGAGGCUCAAAGAGCUCGUUUUGUUAUUGAAAUUGACGAAUCACUGGCUAUUGGUACGGCUCUUCCGUUUCAUCCCAUAGCAACAGAUGCCGAUGCUGGGGACUUCGGUCGCGUACGUUAUCGUUUCUCAUUCUCCACACCCGAAUUCGUCAAACGCGAUUUUGCCAUUGAGUCAGAAACUGGCAAGAUUAUCGUAAAAAAUAUUUUGGAUUGCGAUGCCGGUGGUAUUCCUGAAUACGUCUUCUCAAUGAUCGCAGAGGACGGCGCUCCACAACCUCUAACCGCCUUAGCAACUGUGGUAAUUGCCCUCCAUGACGUCAACGAUAAUGCUCCGAUUAUAAGUCUCACUCCGGCGACACCAAAGAUAGAAGAUAUGUACGACACAACCUUCUACCCCACAUUCGAGGAUAGUAGGGAUACCUUCUGUUUGGUAGAAGAAAUGCCUUCAGGUCAGAUGGUGGCGACUGUGGCGGUAACCGAUCCCGAUUCGGAUGCUGAUGGUGAAUUCGAGUGCGGUCUGAGUACGACACAGGACUUUGCUUUGCAUGCACUGCCCUGGAUCGGUGCAACAAAGGUCUACCAGCUCCUUUCGGCGCGUAGGUUCGACAGAGAAAUGGAGGCUUUGACUUCCGUUACACUUAGCUGUGUUGAUCGAGGCGUGCCACCUCGAGUAUCAAGCAAAAUAAUCCCCAUCACUCUCAUCGACAUCAAUGACAAUCGGCCCUAUUUCCAGCAACAGUUCUACCAGUUUUCGAUCCCAGAAAAUCGACCACCAGGAACUUUGGUAGGCAGAGUGAUUGUGCAAGAUAACGAUGCAGGCAAGAACGGACUGGUGGACUUCUCAAUUUCCUGUAAAACUGGUCAAUAUCAGCACCUCUUCUCCAUCAGCGGUAUGGGAGAAGUUCGGGCUAAUGAAAUGCUCGAUCGAGAAACCAAUCCGCAGAACUAUUUGGAGAUAAUUUGUUUUUUAAUUCUCAAGGUGGUAGCAGAGGAUAAAGGGAGACCCACAUACCGCACAUCGGUGGAGGUAUGCAUAGAAAUUGAGGAUGAGAAUGACUGUAUUCCCAAAUUCGACUUUCCAAAUUACCACUUCUCAAUUGACGAGGAUGUGGAACCCUAUAAACACGGCCCUAGGGAGGUGGGUAUAGUUCAGGCCUCCGACUGCGACACUGGAGGCAAUGCUGAGAUCCACUUCUUCCUCGAGGGCACCGACACACCAUUUAAAAUUUCUUCAAAUGGAACGAUAUUUGCAGUACAACAGCUGGACAGAGAAAUAAAAUCCUCGUACUUGCUAACUGUUGUGGCGAGAGAUUCGCCGCCUCCACGGUCGCCCGAUAAAACUCUGAAUUCCACCGCCCAGGUACGCAUUACAGUCACCGACAUUAAUGAUCACUCUCCCGUCUUCAUCUUUCCUCGACUCAAUUCCACCUCGGGUUCCCUUCCGGAGAUAAGAAUGUCAGCCCUGGAACCAAUUGGGUAUCGAGUUGCCAAGCUGCAGGCCAAAGAUGCAGAUUCGGGCGUGAAUGCGGACAUUCGGUACACUCUGACGGAAGAGUUAAGUGUCAGUAGCACAGAAAAACUUUUCCGCGUCUCUGAGGACAGUGGAGAAUUAUUUAUUGCUGCUAAGUUAUCCACCUCAACGAAAGAGAUGCGAUAUCCCCUCCAGGUUCACGCUACCGAUGGUGGGACUCCACCACGUUCCUCCACAUUCAAUUUAAUCAUCUAUCUGGAUCCCACUCUGCCACCUACGUCUGCUCCUAGCUUCAUGAGUGACUCACUCAUGGGAAGUCAAGCAAGCGAAAGUUCAGCUGCACUUAACAACAUCUACUUAAUCAUCAUCAUUGCCUUUGGUGUCUCAAUAGCCUUUGUGGUGCUCGUCGUGGCUAUCUGUUUAAUGUCCAAGGGCCACCGGCUACGUUUCUGUUGCCCAGCUGCCACCCACGUCAAAGCAGCUCAAAUGAAUACUGUUGAUGCGGUAAGCUUCUAUACGCCUGGUAGCAGUCAUUUACCGGCUUGUUCCACUCCUAUGGUAUUCACUAAUGGCGCAGACUACAUAACCACUGUGGGAUCAGCUUCGUAUGCCUUGGAAAAGGGAAGCCCACUGCAGUGUCCUCCGUCUGAUGAGGGAUUUGUGUCCUCAUUAGGACGUCUUCCAAUGAACACAUUUUAUGAAGCCACAAUGGAUAAAACGUUUUGCAAUUCUAAUAUGGCGGCUCCGAUUGAGAAUUCUCUGUAUACAGAUCAAAAGUCGAUCAACGAUAUCUCCUCGUUAACCACAUUCGACCGAUUUUCUAGCCUGGGGCGAGUGGCUCAUAGCGGCUGCCCGCAUUUACCUCUGUGCCUGGUUAACGAAGGCUGUCCUGAUGCGACCUAUAUUGGACAACCAAUUCAGUUUCGAGGUGCUAACGGAAGUAAUGCUGCAGUCUACUCCUGGUGCGAUUCUACUGACCAGAAGAUGCAAACAUUUAAUUCGCUGCCGCCAAAUGGUGCACAGUGA